AUGGAGGUCUUCAUCCGAGGGAUCCCUUACCAUGCCACCGAAAACGAUGUGGAAAAGGCUCUUGAACCUUCUCUCAUAAGCAUCGGCAUCUUAGCCUCGGCCGUACGAGUAUUUUCGUCAAAACAGAGGAGUGAUAGGAGAACCAAACUCGCAGCUCUAACGCUCCCGACCGAGGAAGCCGGGCAACAAUUCCUUAGAUAUUUUGGACAGCCGCAAAAUGGUGGCCCACCACCGGUCCAACUAUGGGUAUCGAGCUGCAAGAUAUCCUGUGCCCUUAGCAAUAAGCCAUUUGAACCACUCUUGGUUAAAAGUCUUGCCAAAGAGCAACAAGAUAAAAAGCUUAGAAACGCCCGACGCACCCAACCAAUUACCCCCAGCAAGCUGACGAAAUCAUAUUCAAUCAGCUCGAUUGAAUGUGGAAUCUGGUCCCCACAAUCGAUGAAUGUGCCGAUCUUUGAGGCAUAUUACUCGAAAAAAGUUGAUGGAAAGCUGAUUUUCAAACAAAACGGAGCCGUGGUUGAGUUUGAAGACGAUGAGUUGGACGUUUCCGACCCGGAAACACUGGGCCCGAAGCUGCGCCGCAAUUUUGGGGCUAUACGUAUCAACAAAACAAUUUCCAUUCUAUAUCCCACUGUAUCUUCAAUUAUCACUUCUGGGACAAGAAGUCCUCGAGUUCUCUUCACCCUAGCAAGAGCACCUAGGAUGUAUCGUAAGAUUGUUGCAGAGGGCACACCUAGCCCAAAUAACGGCUUCGACCAGGAUAUGAGCGAUUUGAUUAGGCUUUUCCAACAAUCAAUGUCAGAUGAAGAGGAAUUUUCGAUUGAACGGACAUCUAGCCUGGACGGAGCUCACGCUUGCUUUGCCCCUUUCGCCUUUGUAUACCAGUUUUAUCUCACGGAAGUUGGUGAUCUCAACUUACUAAAUAACCUCUCCAGAAACGGCGGCGUGCCAGAAAUAAAUUCCCGGCCGACAUUAAUAAUGCCCAAUGUCGCCGGCUUAUUUGUGGAUUCUUUUCGGAAACUCACAAACGUAUUACGGGAGGAAUUCGAUUUCUCUAUCGCAUUUCAACUCAACGCAUUAUGUGCAAACGGAAUCCUCCCACCAUAUGCCAUUCUCCCACUGCUCCCGACUGUGUCUGAGUUGAUAAUGAGGUUUGGAGUAACAAAGGCAGCCGGUAUCAUGCAAAUUUUUGUUAGAUCGGUAACUUCAGUGGACCCCUUGGGCGAGCUUGAUAGCCUAUCAUACAACAGCCUAUUUGAAGUUUUGAAGUCAUGCAUUGCCGAUUAUCAACACCUUAAUUCACAUGUCUCGAGUGCAGAUAGUGCUGCUGAGGAGGCUGGGAUGACUUACAUAUACCAUUCAACGAUCACUCCUGCAGGGUGCUAUUUCUACGGACCCACGCUAGAAAUGCAGAAUAGGGUUCUUCGGAAGUAUCCACAGAAUCACGGUUCCUUUUUAAGAGUUUUUUUCGGUGACGAGGAUGGUGAUCAACUCCUGUUCGAGUACAACGUCUCGCAGUCUUUGAUUUAUGACGGACAAUUUCGAAACUACCUCUCGCCUUCAGGUAGUGGAAUUGUUAUCGCUGGCAAACCAUUCCAAUUCCUAGGGUUCUCAAGUUCUUCGUUGAGAACUAGCAGUUGUUGGUUUAUGGCCCCUUUCGUCUUCAACGGUGAACAUCUGGAUGCCGCCAGGAUUAUCGAAAACUUAGGGGACUUCUCUCAGAUUACCUGUCCUGGCAGGUGUGCAGCACGUAUUGGUCAAGCCUUUAGCGACACUGUCGGGUCUAUCGAAGUACCUCAUCAUUCAGAGAUCGAAAUCGAAGAUAUUGAACGGAAUAAUCGCUGCUUCAGUGAUGGUGUGGGAAAGAUUUCUCAUGAAAUGCUCGAGGUUAUAUGGACCGGGUCUGAAAAGCUCGCGAAAAACAAGUCCACGGUAUUCCAGAUUCGUUUUGCUGGCGCCAAGGGUGUGGUCGCUUUAGAUACCCGUCUUCAAGGAAGUCAACUGUGUCUUCGUCCAUCGAUGAUCAAGUUCCGUGGCUCGACUGACCGUAACAUCGAAAUAUGUUCGACGCCAGGUUGGCUACCGAUGGUGCUGAAUAGACCACUAAUCAAGUUACUAGAGGACCUUAAAGUUAAGAAAGAGACGUUUAUGGAUCUGCAAAGAGAUGCUAUAAAUGAGCUCCGUGAGUCCACAAAGUCGGCGCAUUUAGCAGCGAAUUUCUUGAAAAGGCGUGGGGUUGCACCGGCAUCUGUCAAACUUCCAUGGAUGAUCGAGUCUCUCCAUAAUAUCGGGCUGAACUUUAGAAAGGACGAAUUCUUGGAACGCGCACUCGAACUUGCCCUGUUGACGGCUCUACGGGAUCUUAAGCAUCGUGCAAGAAUUCCGGUGCCGAAUGGGGUUACUCUCAUAGGCAUUGUCGACGAAACGGGGUUCCUAAAAGAAGGAGAAAUCUAUUGCCCCUACAGAUUUGAUAAUAACGAAGAAGGCGUAGUGAAGGGAAACGUUUUGAUUACCAGAUCGCCAGUUUACCAUCCCGGAGACGUUCAAAUGGCUAGAGCGGUGUCGCAUAUACCUGCAAACUCUCCCCUCAGGGCACUCAAGAAUGUUGUUGUAUUUUCACAAUGUGGAAGUCGUGAUUUGCCCAGCAUGUUGUCUGGUGGAGAUCUGGACGGAGAUCUAUACAACAUUAUCUACGAUCCUAGGUUCUCACUUGGUCAAACUUAUACUCCCGCCAUGUACACUCGAGUCCUGCCUCAGGAUCUUGGUCGCCCGGUCAAUCAAAAUGACAUUGUCGACUUUCUGAUUGAUUUCAUGCAGAACGACAUUGUCGGUUUAAUUAGUGCUCGACAUCUCAUCAUCUCCGACAGGGAAAAAGAAGGCGUGAAUCACCCCGAUUGUUUGAAGCUGGCGGAAAUGGCAUCGACAGCAGUCGAUUUCCCCAAAACCGGUAUCAAAGUCGACAAGGCUAAACUUCCUUACGGUGGUCGAGUUCGUCCCGACUUCAUGGCCCCGGGGCCCCGUGUUCUCGUCAAGAAGAACCGUGCAAUUGCAGAGAUGGAGAUUGAAGGGGAAGAUGGGGGAGUUGGGGACACUGGAAUUAGGUACUAUGAAUCAGCAAAGGUUCUUGGGCAUCUCUACCGUGCUAUCGAUGAGAAACAGUUCAUCUAUGAAGUCAAGGCAGAAUUAAGGGGUUCGGAAAGGACGGAGACGGAGACGGUUAAUGUUAGUGAUGGUGUCUGGAAUUAUCUUUCAGCGAACAUCCCACCAGUGUAUGAUUGGACUGAACGAUUGAGGGAGGCCGAAGGGAUCAAAGAGAGUUACGAAAAGGCGAUGCUAAACUUGAUGCAUAACUAUGCCGAUACCCCAUGGAGCGGGAAUAUCAGCGAAGUCGAAGUGUUCAUCGGUUCCAUCGUUGGGCGCGAGAAACAGACCCAACGUCAGAAGGACGCCUCCAUUUCUAUGAAAGAAGAGUACGAAUGGUUGGUGGCAUCAAUCAUUGAUUCCAUUAAAGGAGAUCAAGAUGGCCAAGCAGAUGUUUUUGGAAUUGGAAUGGCUUGCCUGUUCCUGUGUAGAUCGGAUGGAGGGCGUGUUGGGCCACAAAACGGGCUACAGAGCUUUGCGUGGGUUGUGACAAGCGCCCUAUUGACAGAAGUCGACAAACAUCAGAAAGAGAUGGCUCGGCUGAGGAAAUACGGGUGGCAAGGCUUGGAGUAA